GGAUGCGACCGACGAACUUACCAGUGGCAACUCUUUGGGUUUUCAUUGGUACGGCGCAACACACCCGUGUCUGUCUCACGGCUCUCUGCACGAAAGCACUUCACUCUGCCAAAUGUCGACCAGCGCAAGCGUGUGCUUGAGCUCCUCGCCCUACCACACCGUUGAAUGCACCCGCAACUUACGACCGCUCUACCCCGGGCUAUCACAAUGACUUCGUAUCCAUAUACGAGAACGGUUCGAGUGACCAAACCAAGGCGUUCCUUUGCAUGUUCGAUUCAAUCACAAAAAGUGUUGGCCUCGGAGUAUCCAUACGGACGUCUGUCCCGCACGAGAGGAGCGUUCAAUCACUGUACCGAAUACCUGGCUGACGUCCGGAAUCAGGCGUUCGACCCUCUUCACGAACUUAGGGAUGCCAACAAUGAGUUCUUUGAUACAAUAAUCUUCAUGAACGAUAUUCUGCCUUGCGUUGACGGCGUCCUCAAGUUAAUCUGGCAGAGCAGAAGAAACGACGCAGGAAUUACGUGUGCUGCAGAUUAUGUGUAUCAGUGACCUCAAUGCACCCGUCUUUUACAAUAUGACGCGCCCUCGAA